UAAUUUUAAGAUCAGUUGAAAUAUUUCUUUUCAUUGUUAUUUUACAAUUUUCUGUAUCUCUUAAAAAAAAGGUCACUCAGCAAUGUGCUGUACAUACACAACGAUGGAUCUAGACACCAUGGACAUCAUCAGUGUUGUCAAUGUGGACAAAAGAUGGGUUGGCUAUAAAAGUGGGGUCAUGGAGAAGGCUGCCUUUAUACAGACAUUUGACAGUCUCACAAAGGAGGUGAACAUCAAGGAGAUUGUGACUGAUGCCCAUGUACAAAUUGCUGCUCUCAUGCAUCCAGAAAGGGGCAGAUAAGGAUCAGGCUAUUACCCAUUCGCUUGAUGUCUGGCACGCCGCAAAAAAUCUGACAAAGAAACUUCAUGCUGUUGGAAUGAUUUCUGGUCAAAAGCUUAUACUUGGAUGGAUCAAGGACAUUGUUAACCAUUUUUGGUAUGCUUGUCAGCACACAAGCACCAGAGAAGAGUUUAUGGAUGUCUGGAAGGGUGUACUUCACCACGUGACUGGAGAGCAUGAAUGGGGCUUUGGCAGGUGCUUUCAUGCUCCUUUGGCGGAGAACCCAGACAAAGAGCUCAUUCCACAUGGAUCUGCUGCACAUGUGGCGCUUUCACGGAUUGUUCUGAACCAGCGAUGGCUAAAGGAUAUAGAGAAGUUGCUCACCUUUAGGACCACUGCUGAGCUGGAGUCGUUCCAAAAUCACAUCUUGAUGUACGCCGGGAAACGCUUUGCAUUCUCAUUUGGUGUCUAUGAAGCUAGGACACUCCUCGCUGCAUUAGACUACAACCACCAUAACCAUCGCCCAGUGCAUGUGAACAUCAAAGGCCAAGUAUCACACAAACGAGUCUACAACAAAAAGUCGCAGCGUUACAGUGUUCACACUGUAAAGGAGACCAAAGACUACGGCUACAUCCCAGAGCUGCAGACAAGAAUCCUGGAGAAGCGCCUCAGCUCUGCUGGGGGACUCCCAGAAAGAAGAAGCAUUCAGGCUGAUGACCCCAGGGCCCUGGGUCCUCUCUCCGGGAUCAGCCCUCCUCCUACAGCUGAACUGGUACAGACACAACAACGCAGAGGACAGGUAGUGAUUAUAACCAAAUCUCCUCUCCAUUUUUGUGGAAGAAAAUUACAUAAAUGUAAUUUUUGUUUUUUACAGGACUUAUGUGAUACCUAAACAGAGGCUGAUGGCAAUCAAAGUUGAACACUACAGAUUUAUUUAUGUAAAUAUGUACAAAAAGUUUGCAACAACAAUAAAAGUAAGUCAAACUUC